GCCCUUCAGGACAGGUGGUGCCCAGAGUCUGGGUCUCUAGUCCAGAUGCUCUGUCUGGACGCUGGGGCGGGGUGGCGCAAGACUCAGGGCAGGUGGCCCGGAGCGCGGCCACGUGGCGGGGCGGGGUGGGGCGGGCGUGGCCUCGGGAGCCCCGGUAGGAGCAGAGUGGUCUCCCCAUUUAGAGUAUCAGAACCUCACUUCCUGGAGAAUGGCCCAGAGGUCUCCACAGGAACUCUUCCACGAGGCAGCCCAGCAGGGCAUCCUGGCCCAGCCCCAGCCCUGGUGGAAGAUCCAACUGUUCAUGUGGGAGCCGGUGCUGUUUGGGACCUGGGAUGGGGUGUUUACAUCCUGCAUGAUCAACAUUUUCGGGGUUGUCCUUUUCUUGAGGACCGGCUGGCUGGUGGGAAACACGGGUGUGCUCCUGGGCUUGCUCCUGGUGUCCUUCGUCAUCCUCGUGGCGCUCAUCACCGUGCUGUCUGGCAUUGGCGUCGCAGAGCAUGGCGGGAUAGGCAGUGGCGGCGUCUACUCCAUGAUCUCCUCGGUGCUUGGUGGGCAGAUGGGAGGCACUGUAGGGCUGCUGUAUGUAUUUGGACAGUGUGUUGCAGGUGCCAUGUACAUCACUGGCUUUGCGGAGUCAAUCUCAGAUCUGCUGGGCCUUGGGAACAUCUGGGCUGUGCGAGGAAUUUCAGUUGCUGUGCUUCUGGCUUUGCUGGGCAUCAACCUGGCAGGUGUCAAGUGGAUAAUCCGCCUUCAGCUGCUGCUGCUGUUCCUGCUGGCUGUCUCAACCCUGGACUUUGUGGUGGGCUCUUUCACCCACCUGGACCGAGAACAUGGCUUUAUUGGAUACUCCCCAGAACUGCUACAGAGCAACACUCUGCCAGAGUACAGCCCCGGGGAGUCAUUCUUCACUGUGUUUGGGGUAUUCUUCCCGGCAGCUACAGGAGUCAUGGCUGGCUUCAACAUGGGAGGAGACCUGAGGGAGCCUGCUGACAGCAUUCCCCUAGGCUCCCUGGCAGCUGUUGGCAUCUCGUGGUUUCUCUACAUCAUCUUCACCUUCCUGCUUGGUGCCAUCUGUACCCGAGAGGCCCUCCGCUCUGACUUCCUGAUAGCUGAAAAGGUAUCUCUGGUUGGUUUCCUCUUCCUGUUGGGCUUGUACAUCUCAUCCCUGGCUUCCUGUAUGGGGGGACUCUAUGGAGCCCCCAGGAUCCUGCAGUGCAUCGCCCAGGACAAAGUGAUUCCUGCACUCGCCUUUCUGGGGAACGGGAAAGGGCCAAAUAAAACACCUGUAGCAGCCAUCUGCCUGACCAGCUUGGUGACCAUGGCCUUUGUCCUUGUGGGUCAGGUGAAUGUUCUGGCGCCUGUCGUCACCAUCAACUUCAUGCUGACCUACAUCGCCGUGGACUACUCUUACUUUGCCCUCUCCAUGGCUCACUGUGGCCUUGCCCAGUCUCCUGAGGCCGUGCCCAGACAAGGCCCAGGUGCCCUGCAUUGCUCCGAGCACCUGCUCCAGGACAAGGCUCCCAGCUAUGGCUCUGACACCCCUGCCAGAAGCCUCUCUGAGGGCACCCUGCUAGAGUUCACCAAGGACAUGGAUCAGCUCCUCCAGCCAAUAGAGGGGCUCGAGAGUAGUCAGCUUGGGUCAAGAGAAGGUAACCAGAUCCCAAUGAGUCAGAAGCGCAAGUGUAAGAAAGGCGCCAAGCAAACCCUACGAGAUAGCUUCCUCUUGGAUCCUGGGUCUCCUUGGCCCUUUCCUCCGGGGACCUCUGAGAGGUUGUCCACUGCCUCCUGUAGGGAGCAAGAGUCCUGUCACAACCAGCAGACUUCUAGGAGUGGAUCACAUGACCAUCUUGUUCCUGAUCUGUGCACCCAGCCUAGAGUGAACGGAGAAGAUUUCCUUCUGAAAUGCAGACUUCAGGAACAAGAGAUCCAGAGGAGACCAAGUGCUUUCUAUGCUUGCAUGUGUAACCCCUGGGUCUCCCUGGUAGGGGCUCUUGCAUCACUGCUCAUCAUGUUUGUGAUCCAGUGGCUCUAUACCCUAGCUAGCAUGGGUGUUGCUGCCCUUGUGUAUUUCUACAUUGGUCAGACCAGUCCAGGCCUUUACCUCGGAUCAGCAUCAAACUUCAGCUUUUUCCAAUGGAUGAAGUCCUUCUUGGUCCCCUCCUGCAGGAGCCUGAGGUCCACCCGGGAGCAAAUCAUCUUGGCACCAUCCCCAGCCAAGGUCGACAUGGCAAUGACUCAGCUGACCCAGGACAAUGCAGACUUCGCCACCCGAGAUCGUUUCCACCACUCCUCCUUCCUGAGUCAGGAGCAGCUGAUGCCUCCCUACUAGGAUCUUGCUGAACUCCUCCUUUCAGCUGUGGAGAUAGGGGAGUGGGGGACCCAAACCUCAGAACCUUUGGAAGUUGCUUCUACCAAUAAGAAACCCCAAGACUGGUCUUCCCACCCCGGCCUUGUACACCAAAAAUCACAUUCUGGUCUGAAGUGGCAUGUCUAAGCAGACACCAAGUAUGGCCAUGGCUUCCACAUGUACCCAACCUGAAGAACACACAGGCCAUCAGGAGGAUCAGGUGACACCACGACAACCCAAUGUGGAGAACCAAAAUGAGAUUUCUUAUUCUAAGGGACACAAUAAACACUUCUUUUUAA